AGCAAAUAUGUGGCGGAGUGUUGGCGUUAUUGCGUAGGUGGCGCUACGGAGGUGAGAUAGCUUCACCGGUGGAGGAGGAGGAGCAUCUUAGGAGCUCAUGAGCAGUCCCCCAUGCUCCUCAUGACCCUCACACCUCACCCAGACUGAUAAACAGUUUGCAAUAGAGCUUCCGUGUUGAAGUCUUCCAAGAGACAACCAAAUAAGUGUGAUGAUGAGUGAAGGUGGGGGAGGUGAGUGUGGGGGUGGGCAGGCCGCCUGCGGGGACGCUCGCUCCAUCACCCACCACCUGUGGCUUCCACACCGUCAGGACGAUGACGACGACGACGACGAGGAGGGGGGCGUGGCCAGCAGCGAGAGGGGCUCCUCUGGUGGGGAGGUGGUGGUGGUGGGUGGAGGCGGGACCACCACACUAUACAGCCGUGAGGAUGGCGCCACCGUCCUGGAGGCUGCGGACGGCACCACCACCGUCCUGCGCCCCCACGCCGCCACCCAGAGACUGACGGUGACGGUAGAGGGUGACGGGGGUGGCGGGGUAGCGGCGGGUGAGGGCAUGACUGCCAUAGUGGACGGGCAGACGGGCAGGGCCACGCUGGUGGAGGGGGCCGAGGUGGUGCGGACGCGGGCGGUGUCAUACGCCACACCCAUCCUGCACCACGUGUUCCUGCAGGCCACACCCGCCACCACACACGCCUUCACCAGCCACACCACUGUGCUCCACACCCCCUCCAUCCAGCCCUCCGCCACCCGCAAGGUGCCCCCCAUGCUCAACACCGCCACACCCAUCAUCCUUCACCCCUCCAGGACCAUUAGGGAAAGCAACAGACUUGUGGAAGCUGUGGCCGGGGUGAGCACCACCAUCACUACUACCACUACUACAACCACAACCACUACCACCAGCACCACCACCUCCACCUGCAUGCUGGCUGACCUCCACCACCACCAGCCCUCCACUACCUCCCAGUCCUCCUCGCCCUCGUCGUCGCCUCCACCAUCCUUGUCUCCACAGUCGUCGUCAUCGUCGUCAGGGCCCCGCACCGAUGACGAGCUCACGUCUCUCUCCUGGCUGCAGGACUCCAACCUCCUUCGUGGCACAGCACUGUCUCCCGUCAAGAUGAGCCAGGGGAUGGCAGGAGGUGCAGCUGAAGGCGCGGAGGUAGUAAAGGCGGAAUCGCCCACGAGUGACUAUGGUGAUGAGUCUUCUGAUGCCCUGGAGCCUGGAGAGCUGACCCUCAACGACCAGCCCCACACCCAGCCCUCGCGCUCUCAGCCCAUACCAUACAACCCUCAGGUACAUGUAAAUGCAAAACCACCAUAUUCAUUUUCGUGUCUCAUCUUCAUGGCCAUUGAGGACUCCACCAAUAAAGCCCUGCCAGUUAAGGAUAUCUAUGCCUGGAUUUUGGACCACUUUCCCUACUUCAGGAAUGCCCCCACUGGAUGGAAAAAUUCAGUUAGACACAAUCUCUCUCUCAAUAAAUGUUUUCGCAAGGUGGAGAAGGCACCAAAUUUGGGCAAGGGCUCAUUAUGGAUGGUUGAUCCAGCUUAUCGUCCUAACCUCCUGCAGGCAUUGAGCAAGACGCCCUUUCAUCCGUAUUCCAAUCUGGAUCGUAUCUACAUGGUUUCUACCAAGGCUGCUUAUAACAGGCCAGUGCUGUAUAGGCAGCUUGGCGAGACAAUAGGUGGUCAAGGAAGUGUUGCAAGAACUGCAGUGAGUGUCGAGAGUCCUGUUGUUAGCCCCUCUAAACCUGCGGGAGCAAAUAUUCCCGAUCCUGAACUGUUCCCGUACCUUGCACGUCGUUUGGGGUCAUCAGCAGUAGGAGGAUUUGGCAGUUUUGGGAGCACAGGCACAGGAGCAGCAGCACCAGGUGUGCAAAGUGAGGAUGUUGAUGCAGCAGCAGCCAUGUUGGCCCUCAAACAUGGCUCACGGAUUGUUACACCGGCUAGUGAAUCUUACUCCCAGCUGAGGGAUGGGAAAGACACCUCUGUUUUAUAUGAAGAAAGUAGAAAAAGAAAGAGGAAAAGAAAACAUACGGAGGUUGGGGAUGCACGCAUGAUGGUGAUUAGCUCCUCCCCUAGUGAAGACCAUUCAUACACAUCAGUGGACGGAGAUGACGACUACACUGCUGAUCCUGCUCCUCUACAAACUAUGCAUAAUUCCUCAGACCCUCAUGUUCAUCUCUCACCACCCAAGAAAGCCAACCAUUCUCCAACUUCAAGUGUAGAUGAAGCAUUUUCAGACGAUUCAUAUGAUAGUGAUGUUGCCAGUGAAGCAUCGCAAGCUGAUAUGCGUCAGCUGGUAGAGGGUGCAGACGCACUACUCAAUCUAGCAGCUGUAGCGACUUCCCUUGCAUCACAACGCAGUCGUGAAGGAGGUUCCAUAACACCCAGUUAUCGCUCUCACCGCCCAGACAAUUGUACCCCCUCUCGUCUUGGUAAAGUGCACAUUUUAAAACAAUCAUCUGCCAAAUUGACACCAUCUAAGGGUAGUAAAAACAAGGCAGUGCUACCCCACAAUAAUAAUACAAUCAUCAAUAACAAUAACAAAGUGUUGAAAGUUAAAAAGUUUAGUGGAGCUCAAGGUCGUAGUGCUCAUAGGCAUCAACUUCCAAAUUCGCAUUAGGAAAAUAUUGAAUAUUUUAUGAAAAUGACUUCAGAUGCCUGUGGAUGUCUGCAGAGAGAUGCAGGUUCUAUUAAAUGUCACAGCUUGUGGUCCAGAAGAGUACCAGGUGCACAUAAAGUAGACCUCAAGUGUCUAUAAUGAAUCAAGAAAGUGACUAACUAGUAUGCAAAGUACUGCAAUGCAUCUUAUGCAAUUUAGUGGUUGAAGUUGAUAUAUGUUUUUGUACAUUUUUUCAUAAUGCUUUGUAAAUACAGUUACUUAAGGUGCAUAAGAAACACUUGCAGUCAGAGUUGUUAGUAUUGUAGAUACUGAACUUUCCUAUUGUUGUUUAGCUUUCCUUGAUUUGUUGGCAUACUUUAAGCAUUAAGCUUGGCAUUGUGUCAGCUCUUUAGCCCUCUGUUGAAGCAUUAAUGGAGGAGUUUGUUAUAAGCACUGUGAUUAAUUACUCAAGUUUUCUGUCUAGUGCCAGUUUCUUGUGGUACUGUACACUACAGAUUUAUUUUGUAGUAUUCUUAAAUUUCUUUUAUUGACUUCUUGACUGCAGAGCCAAUAGACUAAAGAUAGCAAUAAUUUAUGUUUACAAUGUUUAUAUAAACACACAUGAAUCACUUUGCACUAGUCUUCUCUGAUUUCCUUCUAACUUGAAUGGAAAUUUAAUUUGCAUAUGCAAUAAUUCUGGCUUGUGUAUGCACUACAUGCAUUAUUAAAGAGCAAUACUGUUUAUACACUAGCUGACGUGUUAUUUUAUAAAUUGUUUGAAUAUACUUGGUAUAAGCCUGUAAUAUAUAUCCAGAUAUACUUUAUUGUACAUAUAUAAGCUGUCAAAUGAGAUUAAGAAUAUAUUUGUUCUUGUUUAAUCUGUAAAUGUUCUCCUAGUUUCAGAAGUUAUGAAUUAGCUACUUGGCCUGAUUAAUCUCACAGAUUAGCUUAAAUAUGCAGGAGGGGGGGGGGAAGAGAACAUUAUACAAAAUAGAUUUCAAGAGCCGAGAUUUGGACCUUAUUUUCAGUAUACUGUUCUGCGUGUUACGCAGGUAAUACAAAACUAACUAAAAAUUAACUGUGAUAACUAUGUAUAUAUAUGUACUGUAGCCUUGCAUUAUUUAUAUGGUCGAAUUGUGAUUAAUAUAUAUAUAUGUUUUUAAGUAGAAUAUUUCUGUACUGUGGAAGUUAAUUGCAAUAUGUUGUUUGUAUUGCUUCAUCAAUCUUAAUCAUAUUGUUAUUUUCCAGUGAAAAAAUUUAUUAAAAUAGCUGUCUCAAUUCUUAUUACUGUAAAUGUGCACAUUUGACUUGUAAUAUUUUGACAUCAGUUUCAGGAAAAAAUUGAUUGUCACUUGGAUAGAGGAAUAUGGCUCUAGAGUUUUCCUCCAUAUUUCAUCAACUCUUUCCUUGCAAGUCAUGAAAUGCAUAUGAAAGCUUGAGCCAUAUUCUUCCAUCAUCUUAAAGAUGCGACUAUAUUGCACCUAUGUGCGUACGAUCUGCUACGAUGAUAUCAGGCCUGGUAGUUUACUGUUAAGUCCACCUGUGUCUUCCUUAAAAUGUCAAAUAUAUAAUUAAGUAUAUAACAACUAUUUAGAGUUAUCAUUGGUUACAAGAGAAUAAGAUAUAAGUUUGUGAUGUGUUCUGGUUUGUGCUGUAGUUUGGUACAGUUUAAAAAUACAGUUUUGUUUCCAUGGUAUUAGCAAAACAAGGGUGUAAUAAGUUGCAGUCAAGAGUCGAGGUGUUUAACACCAAGAGCGAGACACAACUGGGCUACCACCCAGGAGGGUGCCUUUAUGUUCACCUUAGUUGUACUUUUCAGACAAAAAAUGAUUUUAUAAUGUGAUAUUAGAGUGCACCAUAGUUUAAAAAAAAAAAAAAGGAAAAAAAAAGAACUAAUGUUCACUUUUAUAUUUUAUGGUAUUUGAAUUUCUGAACACAGAUGGGUCCAUUAUAGAGAUUCAUGUAAUCAAUUUCCUAAACAUGUGCCAAAGGAUUCACAAGAUUUAUAUAAUUUCUUUGGUUUUAAUAAGCACACAUGUCAGAUGUGCCAAAUAAGAGUGACAAAAUAGCAAAGGCCGUACUAAGGCUGUAGAUUCUUUCAGUUGGUGAAUAUAAGCCUUCUUUAUCGAGAUUAGUGUGUAGGCUUGUAGGGAGUGCAUUCUGUUGGAUGUGAGAGUUGGUUUACAAGCAAUGAUUAAUAGUUGUCAGUAUAAAAUGCAUAUUAUAUAAUAUUUUGGGUAGUCUUUUGAACUAAAAUAAAAAUCUUUUGACAUGUGUAGAAAUUUUGAACUCUUUAAAAAAUACUCUCAAUUAGUAAUAGAUAAGUAAUUAUCACAAUCUAAUUUUUUUUCCUCAUUUAUUUGUGGAUAACACUCGGCAAUGUCCGGAUAGUACCCUUCUGAAAUUUGGUGUUUUAUGUAGGCAGCCGUUACAUAUUGGUAAAAUGUUACCCGUUCUAAAUGCAUUCUUUUCUUUCCUUUAACACUUUUGCGCGGGAAAAAUGCAGUAUGGUGUCAAAAAAUUAUUAGAAGAAUGUGCAGGAAUGACGCAUCAGUGCGUCAAAAAUUUAAAACUACUUUAUCUUAUUGUAUUGGUAAUGUUGUUCUUCCAUUUGCCCUUAUGUGCAUAUAUCCCUUUAAAGCAUUCUAUUGGGAAGAAUGAUACUAAAAUGAGCGCUGUAACACGAAAAUGGAUGUUAUCAACCGAAAAAAUGCUAAACAUUUGUGAGUGGGAUAUGGGGGUGUAGAGGGUGGGCCAAUGGGUGUUCACUCAUGGGUAACACAUGGCCUGUUUUUGGCUUGGCUGUGGGUGGGGUGUGCCUCAGUUUUGGAGAUUAUAUGCAUAUUUCCCUGUAGAUAAUUCUAUUACAAACACAUUGAUAAGAAAAUGAAAGACCUAGGAUGAGAAUUGAGGUGACCAAAGUGAAAAAGAGUACACACAUUUUAUUGCUCUUGUGCGCUCACAGGUAAAGCACGGCCAAUUUCUCGGUUUGGUGCAGGUGAUACGCUGGGCUUUAAGAUAUUUUUGGACACAUAUAGUCCUGUUGGGAAUUCUAUUGCGAACACAUUGAUACCAAAACUAAAAACUUGGACGAGAAUUGAGGUGACAAAAUUGAAAGAGUAUACACUUUUCAGUAUUAACGCGUGCUCACGUGAAAUGCCCAGUCCACCUUGAAGUGGUCUGAUGCUCAUGCGCCUAAAGUGCAAAAGUGUUAAUGUGAUUUUUUAGUGCAUUGUGACACUUGUGUUUGCUGCCUCUAACCUUUCUUAGCCUUGUUUGAAAGAAGGUACUGCCCAGUCCAUUGUCAGCGAUUGAUCAGGCUGAUUUGAGUGUUUGUCCUAAUGAAUCCAUUUUAAGCUCUUAAUUUUAUUUAAUAUACUUAACAAUUUGCUCAAGAUAUCUUGUUUAGGAAAGUAUUUUGGCUUAUAUUACACAAGUUAAAUGAGAUAUACUGUAAUGUCAUUGCAAACUUAUAAAAUCAUUUUGACUUUAAUUACCACAUUAUGUACAAAAAAUCCUCGGUCUAGGUAAUUAUUAUGCUAGCAAAUUAUCCGCAUGGCAUACUGUAUGGCUAAAUUUAUAUUUACAUGGAUGAGAUUUUGUAGAUAAAUAUUACAGAAGUAAAAAUAUGGAAGGUUAUAACUGA